AUGAGAGUCAGUCGGAGGACCACAGGAAUGCCAGAAGUUCUUGGCCAUGGCUCACUCAGCGAAAACUUGAGACCAAGAAGGGAGAGUGCGAAUGCAGUCCCCUACUACCACAAAUUAUGCAUUCGAGUUUCCCUCUUUUGGGGAAAUCCCAGGGGUCAGCACAUCCAGAGUGCAAUGGUUCCAGUAGUGACUGAUUCACACUCUUUUCCAAGUGCAGUGCACACUCCAUUGCGUUCAGCCCGCUCUCCCAGUCAUCACUGGUCUGGUUUCCUUCUCGCCCAGAGUCGCCGUGGUUUCCUGCUUCAACAGUGCUUGAACGGAACCCGGUGCUCGACCCCUCCGACCCCCGCUGGCUGGCCUCUUCCCGCCACAGCCCUUUCUUCCCGACACAGCUCCAGUGUCCCCACUGCGCCUCGCCCAGCCGCCACCAUGACCACCGCGUCUCCCUCGCAAGUGCGCCAGAACUACCACCAGGACUCAGAGGCUGCCAUCAACCGCCAGAUCAACCUGGAGUUGUAUGCCUCCUACGUCUAUCUGUCUAUGUCUUGUUAUUUUGACCGAGAUGAUGUGGCUCUGAAGAACUUUGCCAGAUACUUUCUCCACCAAUCUCAUGAGGAAAGGGAGCAUGCUGAGAAGCUGAUGAAGCUGCAGAACCAGCGAGGUGGUCGAAUCUUCCUGCAGGAUAUAGAAUCAGCUUUUUAA